AUGCCAUUCACCACCGGCAAAGAAAACUUACUCCAACUGAACCGAAAUAGCUUCGAUUUCAACCUACAGUUCGAGCAGCUAUUCUUCUCCAUCAUACCAUCUGCAUUGUUCAUUGUCACGUCAGUAUGGCGGACUUUGUGUCAAUUCCGAAAGCCUAUAGUUGUGAAUGCUCCCUUAUUCCAGCUCAUUAAAUUAGGUUCUAUCACAGCUUAUGUGGGCCUUGAACUAUCCCUCCUCAUCCUGGUUGCGGCUGGAUCAUUCCAGGUGACCUCAAUGUUCAUCGCUUCUUCAGUCCUCAAGCUUGUAUCGGCCCUGUUCAUGAUAAUACUAAGCGUUUUGGAUCAUAGCAGAAGCCCGAGGCCGUCGACACUACUGAACAGCUACUUGUUCUUUACUUUCCUUCUAGACGCGGCUCAGGCCAGAACGCUGUUCCUGUCAUCAGACAAUAGGACCGAGCUUAGCUAUAGCAGUGUAUUCAGUGCGGCCCUGGCUCUCAAGGUAUGCAUAUUACUACUGGAAGCUCAAGAGAAGUCUAAAUGGGUAGAUUGGGACGAAAAGCAGCACAGUCCAGAAGAAACAAGCGGUAUCUUCUCUCUUGGCGUCUUCUUCUGGCUGAAUAGGAUGUUUUUGAGGGGCUAUAGGAAGGUCCUGGCAACUGAGGAUCUUUAUCCCUUGGAUAGCUCCUUUGAUGCUACGUCUCUCAAUGAGCAGUUUUCCAGGAACAUGGAUUAUUCCAAGCUCAAGGGUGAUAAGUAUGGCCUUGUGAAGGUGUUGGUGCGGACAUUGAAAGCCCCUCUCCUCCUGCCGGUGAUUCCGCGCCUGGCUUAUCUUGCUUUUACCUUUUGUCAACCACUUUUUCUUGAAAGGCUGUCGAACUAUCUGUCUCGGCCACAACUAGAUGCGAACACUGGUUAUGGGUUUAUCGGUGCUAGCAUGUUGAUUUAUUCGGGGCUGGCUAUUUCCUGGGCAUUCACCUGGUAUUUCCAUCACCGGCUGCGUACUAUGGCGACAUCUAUGCUUGUCACAGAGAUCUACAAAAAAGCAACCACAGCGCGUAUCGGAGCUGGUGAUGACAAUGCUGUUCUAACAUUGAUGAGUACAGAUAUGGAGCGGAUCAGGAUGGGCUUAAGAUCAUUGCACGAGAUCUGGGCGAGUAUAAUCCAAGCCGCUCUGGCUGGAUGGAUGUUGUAUACAAGACUUGGUGUGGUGUUCGUCGCACCUAUGGGCGUUGUGGUUGUUUGCUUCUCCGGUUUGGCUAUUUUGACGAACUUUACUGGAGACUCGCAAAGAGCCUGGAUGACAGGGGUUCAGAAACGUGUGGGCCUCACUGCUACAGUCAUUGCUAGCAUGAAGAGCUUGAAAAUAUCUGGCCUAUCUGCAGCCAUUGGUGACUUUGUGCAGAGGCUGCGCGUCGAAGAACUAGCAGCGGGUGCCCGCUUUCGCCAGCUUGCUAUUACGGCGGCCCUCUUUGCUUAUAUCCCACAAUUGAUAAGUCCGCCGCUGACCUUCGCGUUCACGACACGGACUCUGGAUGUGACGAGGGUGUUCACGAGCUUGUCCUUUCUCACUCUUUUGACUAGCCCACUAUCGCAGGUUUUCCAAUCUAUUCCUGGUGUUGUCUCAGCAUUAGCCUGUUUGGGCCGCAUACAGACAUUCUUGGAGUAUGAGACUCAUCAUGAUUUUCGCCAGGUUUGUGCUAAGAUAACAGAUGAGGCUGGGAACAUUGGAGAAAAGGCCAAAAUCCCAUCUGAUGAGAGCCUAGGUGGUCUCCCUCAUGUGGCAAUCAAGAACGGUUGGUUUGGUUGGGAGGCGAACAAGUUUGUCUUGCGAGAUGUGAGUACUCGGUUUCUCAGAUCCUCGCUCACUAUCGUCGUGGGGCCCGUUGGAUCAGGUAAAUCCACGCUCUGUAAAGCAUUGCUUGGAGAAAUCCCGUUCAGCGAAGGAAAUGUGCUUAUAAGCAACAUGGCUGCCCAUGUUGGAUUCUGUGAUCAAACUGCAUUCCUCUCGAAUGGGACCAUAAAGGAGAAUAUUGUUGGCUUUUCUGCUUUUGAUCAAUCGAGAUAUGAAGAAGUCAUCGAAGCGACAGCUCUAAAGCAUGACAUUGCCACACUGCCUCAGGGUGAUGAAACUAAUAUUGGAUCUGACGGGAUCGCCCUGUCCGGAGGCCAGAAGCAACGCGUUUCUCUCGCACGAGCUCUGUACCUGCCUUCCGAGCUGUUAGUGCUGGAUGAUAUCUUCAGUGGUUUGGACGCAGACACGGAGGAGGAAGUAUUCAGCAAAGUCUUUGGACCGGAUGGCCUGCUCCGACGACGACGCUCGACAGUUAUCUUGUGCACCCACAGCAUCAGACAUCUCCCUGCGGCUGAUCAUAUAAUCGCACUUGGCGAUGGCACCGUCGUUGAGCAAGGGAGUUAUGCCACGCUGGCAACUAGGCAAGGAUAUGUUCAGCGUUUAGGAUUAACGGAAACUCGCAAAAGCGAUGUCAAACGUGAGAAAGCACCAUCGAAAAGGGCAAUAGGAAGCUCCAAGAACGACGUCUUGGAUAGAUCAACAUCUAUCACUUCAUCAUUGGGAUCCAAUAUGCAGGAAUCGAGGCAAAUAGGCGAUAAAGCCGUAUACAGGCAUUACUUCAAGAGGAUGGGGAGGUCUGUAGCCGCAUGCAGUGUGAUCUUCGCUGCUCUGUGGGGAUUCUUCCUAAAUUUUGCAACAGUUUGGCUUACCUACUGGACCGAUGAUAUUGGCUCCGAACGACCGGCGCAUCCUUCCGCAUACUACGCUAGCAUAUAUGCUACCUUCCAAAUAUGUUGCUUGAUAUCCCUGUCUGUCGCGGCGCUUGCGCUCUUAGUUAUUGCAGUGAAACGAGCUGGAGCCAGUCUCCACCAAGAAGCCUUGCGAACAUUGAUCCAGGCGCCACUUCGGUUUUUCACCAAUACAGAUACCGGGAUCGUGACGAAUCUGUUCUCGCAGGACCUAAAUUUAAUAGACACAGAGCUGUCCGAGGCAACACUCAACACCAUCGUUUGUGUCUUUGAAGCGAUCGGACAAGCGGCUGUCAUGCUUACUUCAUCUUUGUAUUUGGCCAUCAGUUAUCCUUUCCUUGGUGUCCUUCUCUAUGUGGUUCAGAAGUUCUACCUUCGGACAUCCAGGCAAUUGAGGCUGUUAGACCUCGAGGCUAAAAGUCCUCUAUACACGCAUUUCCUUGACACUUUUAAGGGCAUCACGACUAUUCGAGCCUUCGGCUUCCUUACAAAUGAAGUCGAGAAGAAUGCUCGCUUGGUUAAUAGCAGUCAGCGGCCUGCUUAUCUCCUCCUUAUGAUCCAAGAGUGGUUGAACCUUGUUCUCAACCUUGUAGUAAUGGUGAUAGCAGUGGUGCUGACGAUAUUGGCCGUUCGACUUCAUUCCAACUCCGCCUUUGCUGGUGCUUCUUUGGUCUCUCUGAUGAGCUUCGGCGACAAUAUUUCCGGUAUUGUCAUUUUCUACACAAGACUAGAGACGUCCAUUGGAGCGAUCGCGAGGCUCAAGGCCUUCAAAGAAAACGUGAAGCCAGAGGAUACGGAUAGCGAAGACAUAAUCCCUUCUGAGCAGUGGCCCCAGAGUGGUGAAGUCGAGCUGAAAGGCGUAUCUGCAAGCUAUGGGAGUAACCCCCUUGCUGAAAACGGACCCACCGUCCGAUCCACCCUCGCCCUCCGCAACAUCCAACUGUCCAUCAACGCCGGCUCUAAAGUUGCCAUUUGUGGACGGACCGGCAGCGGCAAGUCCAGCCUCAUUGCCCUCCUGCUCAAACUCCUCGAUCCUCUCCCAGAAACGGCUGCGAACGCGACCAUCGAUGGCUUUCCGCUCCAUCGAAUCAACCGACCUACUCUGCGCCAGCGUAUCAUCGCAGUGCCUCAGGAAGCCGUAUUCCUGCCAGACGGUUCCACCGUGCAAGCAAACCUAGACCCCUCCUCCGUUUCCACGCCGGAAGAAUGUCAAGCCAUCCUUACCACUGUGGGUCUGUGGAAUUUUGUUCAGGAUCGCGGUGGCUUGAAUGCUGGCAUGAACGCGGGGACAUUCAGUGCCGGCCAGCGACAACUCUUGUCGCUAGGUCGUGCACUGCUGAGACGUCGUGUUCGGGCUCACAUGGGCUCAGACCAUGGAAUACUGCUGCUGGAUGAGGUCAGCUCGAGUGUGGAUCAUGAGACAGAGCGAGUGAUGCAGGAUAUCAUUCGGACGGAGUUCAGGCACUAUACCGUCAUUGCGGUGAGCCAUAGGCUAGACAUGAUCAUGGAUUUUGAUCGGGUGGUUGUGAUGGAUACCGGUGAAAUUGUGGAGGUUGGGAACCCUGUGGAAUUGGCUGGGCAGUCGGGCUCCCGGUUUGGAGAUCUGGUGAGGACGAGCGCCAAGUGA